CCGAGGGGCCAGUGAAAUUGUUCUGCCUUUAUUACGUCAUGUUGAUGAUCAGUGACGUCACAUGCACGUCAUAAUCUUCACCAGGGAGUGCCAAUUUCGCAUCUUUCAUUGUUUGAAAAAUAAUCAACAAUCAAUAUAUCAAUGACUUAUGGCCUCAAUUACCCAAACACGCUUUUGUGGAAGUCAGGUAAACCGUAACAGCAAUGAACUGCAAUGUAGCCUACGUUCGGCAUUUAUUUAUUUAUCGUUGCUUGUAUUUUGUCCUAUUUGUUUUCAUUUGUACUUUUUAUGUUCUGAUUUAAAUUUGAAUUCAAAUGUGCGUGUGUGCUUUUAAAUUGGAUAUUGGGAAUUGAUUAUGAAACGAACUCCUUAAGUAAGUUGUUGUAGUUGCCAUUGUUGGCAGCAGGUGGCAGUAUAGGCAGGAACUACUAAAAGAUUUGUACAAGAAGAAGAAAGUCUGGACUCGGGACCAUUCUCCCAAAUGCGCAUGCGCGAGGUUUUAACCUCGGUAUUAAAACAAAAGCGGUUCGGAUUGGAUUCUGUUAGCGCUACUUUUGUUUUGCUUUUCUUUAUUUAAAAAACAACAUAAUAAUGAACGCGGUGGUUGUCAAAAAGACGCAAGACGCGCUCGGAAAGGUGAUAAAGAAACCACCGCUGACUGAAAAACUGCUCGGCAAACCACCCUUUCGAUACCUGCACGACAUCUUUAGCGAGAUCAUCAGAACCACCGGGUUCAUGAAAGGCCUCUACAAAGACAGCGAACUCAAGUCGGAUAAUGUAAAGGACAAAGAAAGUAAGAUAGCCUUCCUUCAGAAAGCAAUCGAUGUGGUCAUACUGGUCAGCGGGGAGCCCCUCGCGGCCAAGCCCUCGCGUAUCGUGGCCGGCCAUGAGCCCGAGAAGACCAACGAGCUGCUGCAGGCCAUUGCCCAGUGCUGCCUCAACAAGCGGUCCAGCGAGGAGGCGGUGAAACGAGUGCUGUCCGGAGAAAAGGCGGACUUGAAAACUAAGGCCACGUCCAAGUCCCAAGACAAAGAAAACCGCGAAGGACCUGAGCAACAGCCCACGGAAAGAGAGAAGAGGAUCCGACGCAGCGGGAGCAGAGAAGACAAGGAGCCGCAGCAGCCCAGAGAGCAAGAAGGCCAGAGGCCAGACGGCGAGCGCCGCCACGACGCCGAGCGUUCUGCCAAGAAUCAGCGCCGCGACGGAGACAAGAGUCGCGAACGGGCGCGAGACCCGGACAAAGUCAGAGGAAAAGAAGACAGAGACAAGGAGAAGGUCAAAGAGCACCGCAGAGAUCACGACAAGAGUCGAGACCGAGACGGAACCAGGCAAAGAGAUUCUCAAAGGGAGCCGGAGAGGAGCAAGGACAAAGCACGAGAAGUGGACAAAGAAGCCCAAAGGCGCCAAGACAAGAACGUGAAUCAAGAGAGCGAGAGUGACAGCAAGGAGAGAAUAGCACACGUUCAACCAAAAGCCAGCGAGGACCAGCCCAGAAAAUCAGCCAAGCCACUGGCAGCUGAAGCGGAGCCAUCCGAUGAGUCGGACAGUCCGGCAAGAAUACCUCGGCCGUCGUCUGCCAAAGGGCAAAGGAGGAAGCCCAGAAGUGCGGGGCAGGAUGAAUCUGACAGUGAGGGCGAUGCCGAUCCUGCCAAGGAAAGUGGCGAUGCCGCGAGCUCCUCCAUUCCAUCUGAAAUGACCUCCAGCAACAAGCGAACGGCGGCACGGCCCAGCAGUGCGCGUCCGGCUCCUCCUCGAGUCAAGAAACAGGAGAGCUUCAAUGACGGCGUCCCGGCUGAGAGCAGGCUCUCCAGUGCCAAGCCGUCAGUCAUCCGAGAGGGCAAGAAGCGCUCCGACGACGAGGAUGAGGAAGACGAGCAGUUUUUGGUGGCGGAGGCGGCCCCUGAACCUUCGGAAGCUCGUGACAAGGAUACUGCACAGGACCUCAUCGGCGAUGAAAAACAUGGUGGCCUUGUGAAAAAGAUCCUCGAGGCCAAAAAGGACUAUGAAGCAUCACCGUCCUCCAUUACACGGAAAGAGCCGGCGCCGGGCCAAGCCCUGAAGAAGGAGCAGGACCUGGUGACGCGGGAGGUGGAGCGUCUACGCGCCUCCAUCCAGUCGGUGUGUCAGAGCGCGUUGCCGCUGGGCAAGAUCAUGGACUACGUGCAGGAGGACAUCGACGCCAUGCAAGCCGAGCUGCAAAGCUGGCGCAAGGAGAACAAGGAGCACGCGCAGGCUCUGCUGCAGGAACAGAAAGCCACAGAGUGGGCGUUAGAACCUCUCAAGGCGGAACUUUAUGAGCUGGACCAAAUGAUCAAGGAUUACCAGGACAAAAUUUCUGCGGCCAGGUCCAACAUUCUGAGAAAUGAAGAGAAGAUUCAGAAGAAAUUGACUGGAAUCAUCUCCUCUUCCACUUGAAGUGAGAUCAUCUUCCCAGAGAAAAAAAAUGCUGACAUCAGCGUGACGGAAGACACAACCUCCCCUUAUGCCUUGGAGAGAUAUUUUGCUCCAAGUUGGGGGAGGAAAAAAAAAAAGUCUUUCCACACUGGACCAUCCCUUAAGCUGUGCAGAUGCUGUCAACGUUUGUUGUAGUACUGCAGCUGACCUGUGAGGGGCAGUGCGGUGCACACUGCCUGAAAACACCUCAGAAGAAAACCCAUUGCCGUCUCAAAAAUCCGAGAAGAGGCUCGCCUUACAGUUGAACGCACUUUACUAAAAGCGAUUGACUGCGGACAAAUAUUGUCGUACGCCGUCCCCAUUUCACUUUGAAUGCGAAAUCUCCCAAAAGAAAACAAAAGCCGCCGGCUUGAUUGCGUGCCCUAUUCCGACGUCAAGCACACGCCAAAAGAAGCAGUCGUGAUUAUUUUCUUCCCUUUCUGACAUUAGUUUUGACAUUGGAGUUCUUUCUGAAUGUGCUGCACACUCGGUCACGGCAAAUGGCCUUCCGAUGUCAAACGCAAUCAAAUGGAUCCGUUCGAUUGUCUCUUCCGAACAGCAAUCGUGUUUUUUGCGAGUCAAGUCUACAUUUCAGGCACAGCUGCACUUUUGACACCUUGCAUAUAGAUUUGAAAGUAGGAUACAUUUUUAUUUUUGACAUAACGCCAUGUUGGAGUCCAUUAACACUAGAGGGAAAAUGGGACCAGAUCUGAGAUUGUAGAAAGUCCAUUGUCAAGGAACUUACACUGCACAUUAUUAUAUAUUAUUGAUGUUUUUUGUAGUGAAGCACAAUAAUAAACGGCUCCAAUAAAUAUCACACUCCUUUUCAAAACA